AACGAAUUGUGCCAGGAGAUUGUGCCAGUGGUUGAAUUUUUAAAAUAAUGACACUUAAUUAGGCUCACAGACUCCAGCAUUUUUAAACCUUCAUUAGUUUUGUGCCCAGUAGUCAUCUAGUCUAAAGACCACACAGAUGCUGUUCUCUCAGCCAGGAAAAAGCAAUAGCAGAAGACUGAUAAAAAGAGAGGUGUGGUGGUUUACUUACUGAAAGUGUGCAACUUUCAUCUCAACUGUCAUCAUUUCAACAGUACAAUUCUGCAUAUCUGCAAUGCACAUUUCUGCCACACCCAAAUGUCUCCCACUGCUUUCAAAUUUAGGAUAGAGACUAAAUGAACAUUAUCCUAUUUCUGACAUUUUAAAUCUGUUAGAUUUCUAUCACUCUUAAAUCAUCUUGAAGGAGCAUUUCUGACCACUGUAUAAACACAUAAAAGAGGCACUAGGACCCUGCAGCUGAGGAUGACAGAGAGAGAAAGGGCUGGCAGAGACAAACGAAUGAGCUAAACACAAGACAAAUGAAAGAAGGGACCAAGGAACUCACUGUAGAAGAGAGAGAGAGACAAGGAGAGAUCAGAUAAAUUGAGAGUUCAGAUAAAUGGCAUGGAGGCUGAAGAAAGACAAAGUGACAGAUAUCAACAGCAGAUAUCAGGAGGAGUGGACAAACUAGAAGAGGAGGAGGAGUCUGGUCUGAGAGGAAGCUAAAAAGAGUGGAGCGCGAAAAGGAGCCCUUCAAAACAGAAAAAUCUUUUCUGACUGGGCUACUGACAUAUACGUGGAAUAAACUGGAGCCUGGCAAAGGGGACCUCAACUGGCGAAAAAAAAAAAAAAAAAACAUCACUGAAGGAAUUACUGAAAAUAUAAACAGACGGAGCUGUGCAAAGGCACCAGGGAGAGCAGAAGGCAAUCAAACAUUAUUAAAACAGAAAGAAGAAGUGGAGAUACCACCCACAGAGAGAGACUGAGUAUACCACACACAGGGUUUAUCACAGGUAAUCACACCGCAACUGAGCAACAGACACUAGCAAUCGACAAAUACAUUCACAUAACCACACACAUGUAUUUAUGGAAUGCACACCUACACACAGUGGGUGACUAUAACACAUACACUGAACAUCCAUAACUCAAGCUUAGAGAGUUUAGACUAUAGAAAGGAGGCACAGGGAAUCUUGGCUGUCACAUGGGACAGACUGACUGUGAAUGGGUAGAGUGGUGAGGCCCUAUGGACAACUCUCAUGGCACUCUGAACACUCCAUGCUGAGGACAAUCAAAAUUUGAACUGAUCUGAGAACGGAUUUUCUUCUCCAUGUCAAAAAAAAACCACCCCAGAAAUUAAAGUAGAUCAUUGGUAGAUCAUAGACCAAAUCAUCUUCUCCAAAUCAAGUUCCACUAUCAGCUACAGGACUCUUUCACACUUUGAAGAACCAGCAUUCUCAACUCUUGGAUAUCCUUCUUCUCUAAGGACCGAUUCCAUUGUGUUACCCACAGGACGUCUGGUCACAUCUCUUUGUUGGAAUGGAAGUUGUGAACUGAGAUACUAAGAAGGGGUUGAGUGAGUUAGACGUUUACCUACUGACACUGCAGCAUGAAGCUCACGCAUGGGACAAGAGGGGCACUGACGGCCUUGCUGCUGAGUUUACUGCUGACUACCUGCACCACACAAGAGAGUGAGGAGAGUCUGGAGCUCCAAGAAGAAAAUAAUACAGUCAGCACUGAGAGCCCUGAGACUGUAUCCUCUGACAUAACCAUCGUGAGCCCCCACAGGACAUGGAUAGUCUUUAGGGACAACUCCAACAAGGGUGGAAAUAAGAAACCAAAAGGAAAUAAAAGACUAUCCAAGCAUGGCCUUCCAGGUCCACCAGGCCCUCCUGGUCCCCAGGGGCCUCCUGGUCCUCCAGGCCCCCUACUGCCUCAUCAUGCAGAGUUGUUACAGGACUUCCAAGUCAAACUGAAAGAGAUGGUAGGAACUUACUGUUUGCUCUGCGAUCAGCCUCCUCGUGUGGCCACAGCUUUCCGUUGCCGACUGCACCACAACCUGCUGGUCCACCGUCGCAGUCUGCAGGAGCUCCAGCCCUUCAACACUCCUUUAAACACAGAGCAGUUCCAUCAGAGAGGGCAGGGCUUUAACGCCAGCAGUGGCCGGUACACGGCUCCAGUGUCUGGGUUCUAUCAGCUCACAGCUAGUCUGCUACUCGAAUCCAAUGAGUCUCAGAAGAAGCCCAAUGCCAGGCAGAGAGACAGUGUCAAGACUUCCAUAUGCAUAGAGUCUCUUUGUCAGAGUAAUGUGUCUCUGGAGACAGUGACUGGAGUGAGUGCUACAGGAGGAGUAUUCAGUAUUCUCCUUACCGGUACACUUUACCUACAGGCUGGAGAGUAUGUGUCUAUUCUCAUUGACAAUGGGACAGGCUCAGCACUCACAAUUCUCCAAGACAGUCUGUUUUCUGGCAUCCUUUUUGGAAUAUGAGGACACAAACAAAGCACAAACCAAUGACUAUAAAAAAAGACAAGUUUCUCUGUGCUGACAAAAUACACAACUUUAUUAGAUGAGGUAUUCAGGACAUAUUAUAAUAAUAAUUACAUAAGGAUGACUUUUUUCAAGCAUCUAAAAAAGAGUCUCUGUGUAUAAUGAUCUUUAAAGGAUUAGUCCACUUUUAAAUAAAAUUUUCCUGAUAAUUUACUCACCCCCAUGUCAUCCAAAAUGUCUUUCUUUCUUCAGUCGAAA